CGGCGUUCGCUCAAGAUUUUUCUCUAUAACACCAUCAGUUUUACAUAGUAUAACUCUCCAUAUCACCAAGCACCAUGCCCCAAACUCUCAAAGUCGCUGUCGCGCAAUCGCGCACACAAUCUUCCCUCCCCGCCACCCUCUCCGCCCUCGAAACCAUAACCUCCCAUGCCGCCACAAAGGGCAUCCGCCUACUUCUCUUCCCGGAAGCCUACCUCGGCGGCUACCCACGCACCUGUGACUUCGGAACAGCAGUCGGCGCGCGUGCACCGCACGGCCGCGACCAAUUUCUCAAAUACUUCAACGCCGCGGUUGAUCUGGGUGAUACGCCUGCGGGCGCGGGGGAUGAGUGGGUGGAGAGGAAGUUGCCGCUUCCGGUGGGGAAGGAGUAUCGGGGGGAUGGGACAAGGGAGAUGUUGGAGAGGGUUGCGAAGAAGACGGGGGUUUUUUUGGUUACGGGGGUGAUUGAGAGGGCGGGGGGGAGUUUGUAUUGUGCGGUUGUUUAUGUUGAUCCUGUUAGUGGGGUUAUUGGGAAGAGGAGGAAGGUUAUGCCUACCGGGUCAGAACGCCUUGUGUGGGCACAGGGAUCCCCGUCAACCCUCAGAGCUGUAACAACCGAAAUCGACGGCGUCACAAUUACCCUAGCUGCCGCAAUCUGCUGGGAGAACUUCAUGCCUCUCCUCCGCCAAAGCCUCUAUUCCCAGAAUGUCAACAUCUACCUCGCCCCCACAGCAGACAGUCGCGACACCUGGCUUCCGCUAAUGCGCACCGUCGCCGGCGAAGGCCGCACCUUCGUCCUCUCUGCAAACCAAUCUGUACGCCGCAGAGACUUGCCAGAGUGGAUCACAAAGUACUCUCAGAGUCAGAACUCCGCAGACGAGUACGUCUCGCGCGGUGGCUCGUGCAUCGUUGGUCCUUUAGGUGAGGUUCUGUCUGAGCCGAUUUGGGAGGCUAGUACGGAUGAUGAGGCGGGUAUUGAGGCAGGAUUGUCGGUUGCGGAGAUUGAUCUUGAUGAUUGUCUGAGAGGGCGGUUAGAUAUGGAUGUUGCGGGGAGUUAUUCGAGGAACGAUGCGUUUAAGCUUACGGUGGAAGGAUUGGAUUUGAAUCCCCCUCCGGUUUGAAGUGUGGUGGGAGUAUUAGGUUAUAUAUUCCGUGGCAAAUGACCCCAACGGGCUCAUAAAUAGGAUAAAGACGCAAAACCGUAGAUCUAACAAGAUGCAAAUAUUUACAGAUGAUACUGGUGUUGGCUCUCAAUUGCAACGCCCAAUCGUUGCCACAUUCCCUCCACGUUCAUAUCUUCUUGUCCCUCAGGCUUCUGAAUAAUUGUCGGUUCAGUCUGGCCCUCCGCUACAUUCGGAUUCCGGAAAACAAUGUUAUGUUUCAAUCCCAAUGUAAUAUGAAUGGCCCCAGGAGCUCUCUCAAAGUUCUCCUCAGGCGUCCUCCCCUCGAUCAGCGCUUGGAUAUUCCUCGCCACAACACCCGCCUGUGCAGCA